AUGAGUAGUAGUAGUAGUAGUAGUAGUAGUCGUAAAUCUGAUGAAGCAGCUUUGACUUCAUCAUCAUCAACAACUACUUUUUCAACUACUACUUCAACAACAACGACUAAUGUCAAACCAACGACUAACUUAAGCUUCUGGAGUAGAUCUACACCGGUACCAACUCAGAAGUGGCAGUUUAAGAAGUCAUCAUCAGCAUCAUCGACAACACCAUUAUUAUCAACCUCACCCAUUUCCUCAACAACAAAGAAGGACUAUACAUCGACCACAUCAUCUCUGUUUCAACGUCUUCAAAGUUUACAACGACCAAAGGAUAACGUCAACAACAACAACACAAAUGGCACAGUUACUACAUCAUCAAAAUCACAGGUACAACCUCCCGCCGCAGUAACCAUAUCACAGUCUCCUCCACCACCACCGCGAGUCCAACCUCAACCUCAAGCGAAGGAGAAGGAGAAAGUGAAAGAGAAAGAACAAGAACAGGAGGAACAACUUACACAACCCGAUAGUUAUGGCAUCGAGCCAAAGAGAUCAUUGGAGUUGAUGGACGACCUGGGCUAUCCUGAUACUGAUGAAGAGGAUGAUGCAGCAUCAAGGCCAAAGCCACCAACAAGGAAGGCCAAGUCUGAUGUCACUGCAUCAGUAGUAUUGGGAAAGCAAACAAAGACACAGCAGCGUUCAAAAUCAACAACAAAAUCAAGAUCAUCGUCAUCCAGCUCACUGGCUUCAUCAUCAUCAUCAUCAUUAUCAUCAUCCACUGGCAUCACAUCACGUACAACACCCAAGAGAUCAUCAUCAAAGGACUCAUUGGACUCUUCACGGAGUGACUCAUCGUAUGAAAUCAAGAAGAGACCAAAGCGAGCAUCGUCAUCAUCAUCGGCAAAGAAGCCUAAAAAGAAAAACAGCAGUGAUGAGGACAACAGCGAACAAGACGACAACGACGAAGAGGAUCAAUACGAAUCUUUGGCAGCACGUGCACUCAAGAGCAACAAGAAGAUGAGGAAUGAUAAUGGCGUGAGCAUAUCUUUGAACCAUGUCUCACCCACUCAAUCAUCAUCUUUGGUGCAGCCAGAGCAUCAACAGCUCAGUGAGGACUGCAGUACAGUUAUUCAUACACUGCAGUCAUCUGCGGAUGCACAGACCAUUCACGACAGUUUGUCACAGCUCUGCAGGAUGCUCUGCACCAAUGCCACACAAAUAUCACUGGUUCUGCGAUCCACCAAUCUUUUCCCCAUACUCAGCAGCAGUAUGCUACGUCUGUGCAAUCAGAGUGCACUUGUGGCUGGGGCCACGACGACGACCACCACCGCGACCACAUCACCAUCAUUCUCCAGUCCAUCACAUUCAUUAUCCAAACGCCACUCGAUCGAGGGUGGUGAAGACCUGAUGAAUCAGUUCCUCUCAGUGUCCUCCUCAUCCUCUCAACCAAUCACUAGCGUGUCAGCUGACAUCGACCUCACCAAGUCUCCCGUCUCCAAGGGCAAGAAUAAGAAGGGGAAGCGAUCAUCAGUUGAGUGUUUGAUCACGGCAGCAACAACGACAUCACCAACCACCACAUCUCCAACAAAGAUAGACUCACUGGAUUAUCGAGGAAUCAUACUGGCGACAUGCUUCAUCUACUACACUUUGUCAUCGCAGGCGGCCAACACUGAUCACUUCACUCCGGAUGUACUUGCAUUACUCCUAAAGCACGCCACUAUCAUACCAGAGAACUAUGAGCUCGAGUACUUCACCACGCCAACCAAGUUGCCCCGGUCACCCAAGACACCUGGUGGCAGGAGGCGGUCGGCACUGGUAUCAUCCAUUAGCAAUCUGUUCCAGACCAGUGGCGCCACAGACACUGUGCGCAUGUCCGCCACACCAUCAUCACUCUCAAUCAACAGUCUGGCGCAGUUGGUCUCACAUAAACAGUUUAGCUCGACACUCAAGGAUAGGUUCCGUGAGCAUGGAUUACUGGAUGGCCUGAUUGGACUGCUGGCCAAGUUCACUCUAUACCUUAAUCCAUUAGUGGAGACAUCAUCCAUCUCACCCAAGCUCAUUGGAAGUGUGGAGAAGGUGUGUAAGAUUGUUGAAGAGUGUGUAUCCGAGAAUACAUCCAAUCGCCAACACGUCGGACUUGUCAUAUCCUCAGUCGAAGUCUUCAUCACACUCAUCUCGUACUUGCAGACCGUAAUGUCCAAGUACAAAGAGCGACUCUCCGGUAUUGAUAUUAGGGUGGGUGGCACUGAGGCCAUCAUAUCAUUGUUGAACAUAUUAUUGAAUUGCUCUCAUGCCAACAAGACUACAUCGGCCAUGAUUGGUGCACUAUCUCGACCGUUCAAGUACGUGUCGGCCAGUGCAACCCAGGCAGAGGCAGAGGCAGAGGCAGAGGACAAGGGCGAAGUGGUGGUCAACAAGUUCUGCGAGUACAUCGAUGGAGUACUGGCCAACAACAUUGUUAAACCAUUGACACCAAAGAAGCAGGCAUUCAUGGACACGAUCAAUAGUACACACUUUGGCAUACAGACCAUACUCAAUCUGCUACGUAUCGAAGUGCCGGAGAAGUAUGACAUUGCACAGUUGGCCGUUACACUUUUAGUCAAUCUUGUUGAGCAGAAUCCAGAGAAUCGUGAACGAUUCCGUUCAAACGUCGGUGCCAUCCAGUCCAUCUUAAGCGUGUACCAAUGGCGUACGUCCGAACGCGUACUCACUCGCUUCACAUCCAAGAUUCAAGAGAGAGUGGCAUCAUCAUAUCUUGUUAUAUUGAUUGGAUUCCUGAUUAAGGAUAAUGAGACUAAUAGAGAAUUAGUUUCAAAUAUACUGCCAAAUGAUCAACCUCUGCUACCAAUGGUCACAUUGUUGAUGGAUUUCAUCGAGUUCCAAGGUAGUUCAGUGGUAUCCAUCGACAACAAAGCCAUGCAAGAGAAGUACAAUAAGUUCAAAUCAACCUUUGAACUAAAGUAUGGCUAUGGAGCACAUGAUCAUGAUGAUGAAGUCUAA